AACUUUAUUCAUACCUGGGGUCUGAGACUGAUAGCAUAACUGCUUGCUAUGGUCUCUCAAAAUCCAUCCCUCCACCAUCCCUCCUCUCUCUUUCCUCGAAUUCUAAAAAGGCAGAAGGAUUAAUAGUUGCAGAAAUAUUUUUUAAUCCUUUUACCUCACGUUGAAUGGAAAACAGGUGAACAGUUUGGGGAACAAAAGGCGAAAAAUGCCUGGAAAACGAAGGACUUGGAGGUGAAUCAAUCAAUAAUCAAGGAAGUGAAGUGAAUAAUACGGUUUGUGGUCAAGUGAUUCAUCAGUAAAAUUAUUGUGGUUAUAUAUUUUUGUGGGGUAAAGAAGUGAUAAAAAGUGAACUGAGAUUGGUUGGCUGGAUGAGCUUUACUUCGGUGGGGUGGGGGUUCACAGUUACUUGGUUGGCAGGGUCGGUGGGACUGGAGCACCGCCGAAAUUAGGAUCUAUAAGACUGUAAGCAAUGAUAGUACUGGAGAGAUGGAGGACGAAGUGGAGGACGACGCCGUGGUUGAUUGUGGGUGUGGUGCUCGUAUCCCUAGUCGGAGGCAAACCUCAAACAAACGUUGGACACCGUAGUCUACCACCUCCUUCGGACCAGGAGGUCAACGAGGAGUUGUUGGAAAACAUUACAAAUGUUGAAAUCAAGUGUGCCACUAGUGAAAUUAGAGUUAAAAUACCCACGCCGCAUCCACACUUUAAUGGCAUGGUCUACCCACAGGGCUUGUCAAAAAACUCGAGCUGUUUAAAAGAAUAUGAUUCCUCCGAAGAGUUUAUCGAGUACUCGUUACCACUUCGAUCUUGCAACACGAUGACCACUGCUUCCAACGACGAUGGAGAAGAGGAAUAUUUUAAUACAAUCGUGUUGGAACCACAUCCCAAACUUGUUACCGGUAUGGGACGUGGGUUUCACGUGAGAUGUAAGUACAGAAGGUCAAGUGGCAUAAACACUCCUCCCGUUACAAUGAAGAUAUACAAGAAUGGAGAGGAAAUAAGACAUCAAGGCAACGAAACGGUGGAAAUCGGAGAUCUGCUACAAUUUCAUAUUCAAGUUCAUUCCAACACAACGUCGUCUUUCCUCGUAUCCGACUGUCAUGUCCGUGACGGUCUAGGUUGGGCAGAGGAGCUUCUGGUAAAUCAUGUGGGAUGUCCGGUGGAUUCUGAAAUUCUGCCACCCUUUUCAUAUUCGAAAAAUAUGGCCAAGGUGGAGUUUCCAGCACACAAGUUCCCAUACUCGCCAACAGUGUACUACUCUUGUGCCGUCAAGAUUUGCAAGGGAAAUGAAGAUUCAUGCAGCCCUCCGAUGUGUCAGGGAUCAAAAAAUAUGAGGGACACAUCGUCCCAAAUCAAGUUUAAAAGAGAUGCCAGCAACGGGGACGAACCAGCAACAGUCCAGGUUUACAACGGCCUCUGGGUAAACGAACCUCCAGAUUCCACGGAAGCAGACAAGGCUGCCGAAGUCCUUCGAGAGAAAAAAGAACGGGGAGAAGUCCUCUGCUUUGCUCGACGUGAUUUCGCUCUUGCUAUCGCCAUUUCUGGGCUGAUUCUUAUGAUUGCCGUCAUUCUGCUUCUCUUCAUCCUUUGCAUACGGCGAAGAAGAUCAGGAAAGGGCAGCUCUGUGACGGGAUCAUCCUCCAUUUACUCCGGAUCGGGAACCAACUUUACUGGAAAUACGAGAGGAUACACAAAUACGGCUUACUCACACUCGUCAGAAUGAACAGGGAGCAGCAGACGAAAUACUUGAUGCCAAAAUUUCCAAUGUCAAUGUCCAAUAAAACGAAACCGAAAUUUCCAAAUUAGUGGUGAUGGCUUUAAAAAAUAACUGUACUGGGCUUUAAAUUUUGAAAAAGGGAUUCCUCGAUUUCUCCGUCUUUAGCUUUACAAUAAGGUUUACCAAAUAUUUAGCUUGUAUAGUAUUUAAGUUUUUGUACUCGAAUUUGUAUUGCAUUUUUCUAAAAUGACACAUUUUUUUUUGAAAACUAAAACAUUCCGUCCGUAACUGCAAUAACUUUACUGAUUAUUUGUUAACCUGUAAAUUGUUUGUUAACCCAUUCAUUGUUUUGUUGUUAUUUCUAACAGUGCCAAAUUGUGAUACGUACAGAUAAGUAGUAGCCGUACAGUAAAAGAUAUAAAUGCAUGUCCAAGAUAAGCACGCAAUUAUGCAGCAAUCUGAUGAUAAGUUAUAAUACAAUCCAGACUUUGUAUUACUUAAAAGCAAUAGAAUAAUUUUAAGGUUUUAAGAAAUCAUGCAUUCGACAAUCGCCACCUUCCAGUGUGGCAGUUGUCUGUCUGUAGUCGUACCAAACCUGCAUUUCCACUAUACAUAUUAAAACAGUAAUAUAGCAAUCCUAAAUUAUUGGAUGCACUAAAUACAAUAAAAUUUUAGUUACAGCCACACAAUAAUGUUUAACUGUUCGUCGUAAUAAUUUUAAACUAAAACUAUGCUAGGUUUUUACAUGUACUAUAGAUUUGGAUUAUAUCAAUAAUUAAUUCAUGGCUGGCGUGGUGCAAGAAACAUUUUUUUCUAAAGUAGUACGUAUCUUCGCUCAACAUGAAUGCACAUAAUGAACGUCUUUUUUGUAAUGAAUUGCUUACCAACUUAAGAUAAACAAAGAUUGCCAUAAUUUUUACCUCUAAUAAAGGGUUUACUCUGUAAAGAUUUGUUGUUUGUUGGUGGGAAGAGUAAAUAAACAAAGUAAAAAAGA